GCAAUGACGCAGCAGGUCAGUAGCUCGCCAUCCCUAAAGCCCUUCUUUCUGAGGACCCCUGUCCGGGUGGUCAACCCCCGGCAUCAACGACGACACACACUUCCUGCCAGUGAGUUCAGGAACCUGACCCCAGAGGAUGCCAUCAGCGUGUUUGAGAUUGAGAGAGAAGCGUUUGUCUCUGUGUCGGGUGAGUGUCCACUCACUCUUGACGAGGUGCUGAACUUCCUCAGCCAGUGUCCGGAGCUGUCCCUGGGCUGGUUCGAGGAGGGCCAGCUGGUGGCUUUCAUCAUUGGCUCGGGAUGGGACAAAGAGAGACUGGCACAGGAGGCCAUGACCCAGCACGUACCAGAGCCCCAUACGGUUCACCUCCACGUGCUGUCAGUACACCGUCACUGUCGACAGCAGGGCAAGGGCUCCAUCCUGCUGUGGCGCUACCUGCAGUACCUGCGUUGCGUGCCGGGUCUGCGCCGAGCGCUGCUCGUUUGCGAGGAGUUCCUCGUGCCCUUCUACGGCAAGGCUGGCUUCAAGGAGAAGGGCCCCUCGGCCAUCUCCGUGGGCAACCUCUGUUUCCGGGAGAUGGAGUAUCUGCUGGGGGGGGUGGCCUUCGCGCGGCGAAACAGCGGCUGCUAA